AUGGUUUUUUUAACAUUACUUAACUUGUUAGUUUAUGAUGUCAAAUCUGAAAGGAUGGACAAUUUUCUUCUUAUUUUUAUCCUAUUUGAAUUAGCUGCUGUGAUGCAAUUGGUGUUGUAUUUAGAGUUGGUUCCAGAAAAUCCAUUUGCUAAACCGAGAGUUGAACUUAUCAUACCACCCCAAUCAUUUCCAAUUAAGACUCUUCAAGAAUUCAGGUUCAAUAGAAGUACUUUAUUCUUGAGCCACUUUUUGUCAAGUGAAAUUUAUUACACAUAUGCAAGAGAUGAAUUAGCUGAUAUACGUAGGAGAGGAAAAUUUAGGUUACAUCAAAAUCAUGCUGCAAUAGUAUCAAGAAAAAUAAGAAAAAGUAUUUCUAAUUUUAUAAACAUUUCAAAUUUUCAAGAGUUUGUUAGCUUCCAAGAAUUCAUGGAAGAUUAUACAGGUUGUUUAGCUCAUUAUUUUGUAAAUACUCAAGAACGGUUAUUCAAUGUUGAGCAAAGAAUAUCAAAUCAUAUACAUAACCAUUUAAUCCACGGGAACAAUGAUGAUUUUCAAAAUCCAAAUUUUCAAGAAUGGAUAAGAUUAGGAAAAUAUGAGUUGAGUUUAAUCAAAUGGAGAAAUCAAAGUGGUGGUCGUUUUUCUCGUAAUGUUGUUCAGAAUUUAUUAAGAGAUCCACUUUACAAGUUGAGAUUUGCCAAUGCUGUAUUAGGUAUAAUGAGAGAUGACCAAGUUAAUGCUGGUAUAACACAACCUAGAUACCAUAUUGAUAACAUAGCUAUAUCAGCAUCACCUUUUGACCUUGAUAUUUAUUUGAAUAUUGGAUGA